AUGUGGAGUUAUGUGGAGGAUGAAUGUGGGGUAUGUGGGAGGAUGAAUGUGGGGUAUGUGGAGUUAUGUGGAGGAUAUGAUGUGGAUAUGUGGAGUUAUGUGGACGAUGAAUGUGGAGUUAUGUGGAGGAUGAACGUCGGGUAUGUGGAGAUAUGUGGAAUAUUAAUGUGGAUGAAUUUGGAGGAAGAUACCGACCUGGCCUACUGCCGAACCGGAUCCGUCUGCGGGUACCUUCAGGUCAACGUCUACGGGGUCAACGCCAAACAAUUUUGCCGAUGCCCGAGCAUAGCUGGGGCAUGCGGCCUCCACUGGGACCCUCAAGACGGCCGCUCAGUCACCAUGGGGUCGGAGCAGUUCAAGUUCUGUGGACCCCCGCCGCCCCUCCACGUCUGCGGGCGUGACGAACCAGCUUACUCCGCCGCCUUCAUCUUCGACAGCGCCACCUUCUCGAUGUCGGGAGAACAGCACCGCCUCCACUGCUACUGCCCGCCGCCCAUGACCCACGUGCGGGCGGAUGUGGUCGAGGACGUGGUCGACGGGGAGCUCAUCAUGGCCACGGUGCACGCCUGCUCGAGGCUGCCGGCGUGCACAGAGGAGACACCGUGCAAGGAGGUGACCAUCGCCUCUGGCACGGCCCUAGUGUACCCGAAGUGCCGGUGCCCCAGAGAGUUCUCGUGCCCGACCCUUGGCACCUCCGUCACCCCACACACCAACAACUACCCUGGGGGCUCAGCAUACUCCGUUUUCUGCCAGAGUCGCUUCUAA